AUGACUCAAAACUCCAGGCGUUCAGUUAUUAUCGAAGUGCCAAAUGACACAAAUAUACGUUAUCAGCCAGCUCGAAAUACUGACAAUUCAAAUGCUCAAACAGGUCCUCAAAUCAGAGUUAUACUCGGAGGUGUAGAUCCACAGAAUGAUCCUGCUACACGUAUACGUAAUAUAUCAAUUCGAAAUACGGGUAGUUCAAACGAUAAAUCAGGUCCUCAAAACACAGUUAUUAUCGAAGUGCCAAAUGACACAAAUAUACGUUAUCAGUCAGCUCGAAAUACUGACAAUUCAAAUACUCAAACAGGUCCUCAAAUCAGAGUUAUACUCGGAGGUGUAGAUCCACAGAAUGAUCCUGCUACACGUAUACGUAAUAUAUCAAUUCGAAAUACGGGUAGUUCAAACGAUAAAUCAGGUCCUCAAAACACAGUUACAAUCGAAGUGCCAAAUGACACAAAUAUACGUUAUCAGUCAGCUCGAAAUACUGACAAUUCAAAUACUCAAACAGAUCCUCAAAUCAGACCUAUACACCGAGCUACACUGACGGAAAUUCCUCCUGCUACCACUAAACUUGAUCAGUCAUUUCAAGCUUCUCAAAUAAGUGCAAUUUCCAGAGCUAUUCAGACUGUGGAUCCUCCUGCAGAUGCCAGUGUACAAGUGGAUCUUUUAACACGAUCACAAUCAGAAGUAACUCGAACAGAACCAGAAAUUGCAUUGGAAAUAUCGAAUCCACCGACUUCAGUAGAUGCCUCAGUGGAAUCUGUUGAACAAUCUGGAAUUCGCGAACAACCUGCUGACGCUUUUAAUACAUUUCGUGUCUAUCUAUUAAAUCUAUUACCAAUCAGUGUUUUAUCCGAUGAGUCAAGCUUGAAGAAACUAAGCGAUUGUUUAAUAUGCAUGGAAAAUUAUCAUAUCGGUGAUCGUGUCAUGGGAUUGCCGUGUUUUCAUAUGUUUCAUCAUAGAUGUUUGUGCACAUGGACUGAAGAGAAUUUACAGUGUCCAGUGUGUCGAAUACCAAUCUAUAUAGUGAACUAAAAUGGGAAGACUGGAGCUUCCAUAACAAUAUAUUGAUUGCUACUGAUAUCUUUCAAGACAAAAUAGAGAAUUCUAGAAUAUUCGACGAAGAGUACCAGAGAUGUUUCUUUCUUUUUCUGUCUUUUUUAAAUAUGUCAUUGCAAAGAACAAACAAUUUUGAAUAUAUUUCACAAAUUUCAAAUCCACUACUAUCCAUUUAUGUAUGUAUGUGUGUGUGUGUAUUAAGAAUCGACUGACAUGCCUUUGAUUCCGAGAAUAUAUUUCAAUUCAUUUCGAUUUCCUGCUCACAUGUGUUGGUGUAUGUGUUCUCACAUUACCUUGUCAUGUACUUGUUACUAGCAUAAAAACAUUCUGAUUCAUGUAUGUUCAUAAUUUCUGCUUGAAAACAAAAAGACAGAACAUCUUCU